UCCGGAGAUACAUUCUAUAGUGAAGAACAUGAAGACAUACCGGAGGGCUGCCAAGAAGGCUAGAGAGGAGGAGUGGGAGUACGACACUCCGGAAGAAGCAAAAAUGACUAAGAGAGCUACACCUAAGAAAGCAGGAAUCAUGCCGCAAGCCCAGAGAAAAAUGGAACACAAGAUUAAGGUUAAGGGAGUCAAAUGCGAUAAACAAACAUGGAGUACACUGGACCCAGCAGUGGCAAGGCAUUAUCGAGACUUCUUCAACGUUGCUGUGAAAAACACGACCGAGUACUGGAUCAGCAGUGAUCUUCUACGCCGGAUCACCAAGCACGACCUAAGAGUAAUCAUCCAAGAGGGGGACAUUGAAACUGACGUAAUCAGCGUUUAUAUUGACUUGUUGAAGUCUGAUGUAGAAAAGCAAAAUGCGCAAGUGGGAUUCCUCACAGUAGACACAGGGUACUAUGCUAUAAAGUAUGAACAGACCAAAGAACAAGAUGAGGAUACUAGACCUUUUGAGUGUGGUGUCGAGACAAUAAUUUAUGAACCCCUCUGGUCAGUCUUCCGUUUCAAAAAGGUGCUAGUACCAAUUCACCACACCAUAAGCAUGCACUACACCUUGCUGGUAAUUGACAAUGAAAAAAGGAGCUUCAAUCAUAUGAAUUCAUUGAGGCCACCAAUAGAUGAAUUCACCAAUGAGGAGAAGUACCACCUGAAUGCAGCAAGAGUGGUAAAGCACAUAAAGAAAUUCAUACAUGCUGUGAACUUCACUAAGAUGAGAAUACCGGGAGAAAGCCAAGAUCCAGAUGUCACUCGAGAAAAAUGCAAAGGCGAAGAUGAUAAGGAAAACCUGAUUAUUGUUGAAGAAGCAAUGACUGAGGAGGAAAAACAAACCAGGAACUGGAUCUUACAGAAUAACGUUGUGGAGACAGACUAUGAACUCUAUGAAGACUUUGACUGCCCGCAACAGAACCCAUCAUCUGGUGAUUGCUGGCCCUUUAUGCUCCAUUACAUGGAGAGCAUUGUAAAUGGCGUAGAACCAACCAAGGAAGGCGGGGACAACAUGAGGAAAAGAUUGCUUGAGAGGUUCAUGCGCAUACUAUUAGGAAGAAAGUGAGGAAUGAGAUUAGAUAAAACAUAUUUAGACAUGUAGUUUUUGUAUCCGAAGAGAAGGGAUUGUAAAGUUCUCGUACUAGCCUAAUCUUCAAACUAUGGUGAAAUGAACUGCAUUAUUGGAUGAUAUAAUAUACUAUU